CACCAGAAGAAAACAAAACAAACAGCUGAUUUUGACAUUUUGGCCGACGUGUGAAGAAUUGCAUACUUUUCGAACGGUGGUGUUGGGAUUUAACAAUUGGGAGAACCUUGACUGAAACAAUAGAAAAAUGGUCACACAAGAAUUUCAGGCUGUUGUCUUGGCUGCGGGACGUGGUACUCGUCUGCCCGAAGUAUUGGGAAAGACUCCCAAAUGUCUUCUUCCAGUUGGUCCAUACCCCUUGUUGUGGUACCCACUAAAUCUGCUGCAAACGCAUAAUUUCCAAGAGGUCAUAAUCAUUGUCUUGGAAAGUGAACGCAGCGAAAUCCAAUUGGCUCUGGAGAAGACAUCGCUAAAAAUGAAACUGGAUUUUGUUAGCAUUCCCACAGACAGUGAUUUCGGUACUGCCGACAGUUUGCGUUAUAUUCACGAUAAGAUUCAAUCGGACUUCCUAGUCCUCAGCUGUGACAUUGUUUCCAAUGUCAGUUUGUUUCCUUUAAUUAACAAAUUCCGUCAACAUGAUGCCUCAUUUACGGCUUUGUUGUUCAAAAGUGGUUUUGAAUCGGAUGUUACGUUGCCAGGUCCCAAGACAAAACAUAAACCGGAGAGAGAUUUGAUUGGCAUACAUCCGGAAACUAGACGUUUACUGUUUCUGGCCUCCGCAAGUGAUUUCGAAGAGGUGAUGAGUGUUAAUGCCCACUUGCUGAGGAAGAACGGUAAAAUGACAAUAUAUUCAAGGAUGACAGACUCUCAUAUUUAUGUUAUGAAGAAAUGGGUAUUGGAGUUUUUGAAACAGAAUGAAAAUUUCUCCACCCUGAAGGGUGAAUUUUUGCCAUAUUUAAUUAAAAAACAAAUGGCCAAAGCAAGUGGUCACUCGACAACAAAUCCUGUAUCCGAUACACAGUCUGAAUUGGGCCUGGGAACCAAACAAGGUGAUAACAUUUUCGAUUUUAUACCACAAUCAAAUUUGGAACAACAAAUAUUCAAAACAACUCUCUUCAAUGAUAAUCGAACAAAACCCCUGUAUAAUGGUGAUAUUUUGAGAUGUUAUGCCCUGGAGGCUCCAAAAGAAGCAAUUGGUGUGCGAGUCAACACGACGCUGUCAUUCUUUGCCAUUAAUCAAAAGCUCUCAUCUAUUUGGCCUAUACUUUGUGGUGGCUUGGAAUUGCCUUUAGUUUCCCCCAAUGCUGUUGUCAACUCAACACAGACUAAAGAAAUUGCCGUGGCUGAUAAUGCCAAACUCUCGGAAAAGACUUCACUGAAUUUCAGUGUAUUCGGUCCAAAUUGCUUUAUUAAUCCCAAGAAUAUUGUUAAUAAAUCGCUGAUUAUGGCCCAUGCAAUUGUGGAGGAGGGAUGUAAUAUCGAUAACUGUAUUAUUGGUCCAAAGGCCGUUGUCAAGAAGGGUACAAAACUGAAAAAUUGUUUAGUUGGUGCCAAUUUCAUUGUGGACGAAGGAUCACAAUUGGAGGCAAAACAUUUAACACAUGCCGAUGGUUACAUGGAAAUUGAUAUACAGUAAUAAAAUAUUGGUUUUUUAAGUGUUAAACGUUUUGAAGGAAGAUAUAAACAUCUUGAAAGAGAACAUUACAAGAAUAAAAUUUGUUUGUACAAUUUUUGUAAUUA